AUGAGAUUGACGCCGUUGAGGAGGAUAAUUGUCCCAGACGGCAAGGGAGGAAAGAGAUGGGCCGAAACUUCAGCCAAAGCAUUGCCACCCGGCUAUCCACAGCCUCAUUUCAGUCCGGUAAGUCAAUUUAUCAUUGUUGCUUUUGAGUUUAGACGGUUUCUGGAGGAGGAUGGAGGUCUUAGCUUACCUUAUGUUAAAGAGAAAGCUGGAUCUCUUGAGAUGAUGAUCAUUUUUUUGGCGCUUUUAUCAUUUUGGCUUCAAGGAUAAUAUAAUUCUUUUUUCUUCAAAAGUUAGCUUGGGCACUCAGGUAAAACUAAUUACAGCAGUCGAAUCAUGUUUUUUUUGACAUUUUGAGCCUCAAAAUAAUGAUUUUUACUUUCAAUGCUUUUGUAAAAUCUCAUCUUCAUGUGUUACCUAUCUAAUUAAAAAAUUUAUUGUUUCAGUGGCUCUACGGUAGUUUCACGGCGGCGAUCUUCUUAGGAAACUACGCUCUGAUCCAAGUCAGCAGCAAUCCCGAUGGAUUUUUUGGAAGUAAGUCAGCGUUUCUUUUUAAUUUAUUAUAAUUUAGCCCUCUGGACACGAGUAUGUGAUUACGUCGCCUUCGACAUGGAAAAAGCGGUUCAGAAGGCGGACGAAAGAGAGCGUUUAGAGGAACUGCAACAGAAGGAGAAGAGCGAACGAGUUGUGGAAGUUUCAUCGUUUACAAAAGCGUUUGUUGGACUUAGUAAUUGGUUUACCCGGGCUCGCGGAGGAGUCAUUGAUGGUGAAUAA